GAAACAACCAAAAAGUAAAAAGGCCAGACUUUCAACCAAGGCAGAAACUGUAAACAAAGACAAAAUCUUCUGCUUGGUAGAAGAUAAAGAAAACAAUAACACAACUAGCUGGGCUGUCCAAACUGAGGAAGAGAUAAAAAAUCAAGAAGCAAAUGAUAUUGAUAAGAGACCCAGAAAAGAACACCAACUCAACACGCAACAAACACAAGUAAACACAGAAAAUCACAUGAACCAGGAAAACGUGACCCAAGGAAACAACAAAGAACACGCAAGUCAUAUGGCAAAUGAUAUUGAUAAGAAACCCGGAAAAGAACACCAACUCAACAUGCAACAAACACAAGUAAACACAGAAAAUCACAUGAACCAGGAAAACAUGACCCAAGGAAACAACAAAGAACAUGCAAGUUACAUAACAAAUAUCCAAUUAGACAAAUCUGUAGGCCAAACAAAUGACAAGCAAGAUAAAACUCUGCCGGACCCAGCUCAAUGUUACAUAAAUAUCCUUAAACUUAAUGGUAGAGAAGGCAAACAGAGGCAGUGGUCAGACCUCUUUUCGAAGCUUAAAGGAGGAAAUGCAAGCUUUACAAACCAAACAACUAGAAGCAAAAUUCUUUCAAAGAAUAAAAACGCAUUAAUUAUCAAUAUAUAUAAUCUUUACAACAUCUCAACCAAUGACAUAAUCACAACUCUGUCACUUAAACUUAGCGGGGAUCUUGUGGUGGCAAAGAGCCACUCAUUUAGAGGAAAAAGAAUAUCCUUGGAAUUAGUCUUCAAAAGCAAGAAAAAAGUGCAGAAAUAUGCUUUUGAAGAAAUUUCUUUAUUUCAACAAACUUUUUUCGGUUACAUCCCAGCUUCGGUAGAAGCCAGACAGCUAUUAAGAGAAGCUAAACUUCAAAAAAAGGAAUUAACAGCUCACAAAAUGCCCACCUCAGAAUUAGAGUUUAGUCCAGACAACCCCUACACUAAAAAAACACUAGACACAAAAGAAGAAGAUACAUCCAAAAGUCAGAACAUAAACAAAACAAAUGUAGCCUUACAAAGCAUAGAAAUCGUUUCACCAGUUAAAGAAUCAGACACACCUAUGCCAGAUGCUCUAUUAACAGAACCGUCAUUAAGGCAUGAAAGGCCAAGUGUUAUAGAUGACAAAGAACAGAAAACACCUUUUAUAGUUGUUUCUUACAGGAAACCCAAAAACAAGAACAAGGAAAGAAGCACUGAGAGUGAUGGGAAUCUCCUUCAUCCAGGACAAAAUCAAAAGGCCUUGGAAUAUACCCAUCAGGGUACACCCAAGCCCAAAGCUCAACACUAA